UUACUUCCUGGAUAUUGAGAUUUUUUUUUCCGCUGCAACCUUUGCAGACUGUUCCCCCGCACUGCACCUUAUUAAGGAAUAUUUCUAUAAUACGGACUCGACACAUUUCGACGCAUCACUACUCGACUAGACUUAAAGCUCAUUUAUGAGUUCUGGGUAACUAGUCUCGCUGCAGGCUAAAGCUAUUUUAGCUUAGCUUGUUAGCCGCUAACAAAGAGACGCGUUUGUCGCUAAGCAGCGAUCAAAUGUAAAGUGUGUCAAUAUCGCGCGACUAUGUGUGCAAAAGGUGUGAAAGACGAGUACAAGGUGGAACUUUAUGGAACAAAAGAGGAGAUCAAGCGACAACGUCAUCUACUGGAGGAUGCUUACAAGAAGCCUCAAAUUGAGUUACACGGACCGGAUGACCAUGAAGAAUACCUUCAUCUUGAGUCCCCUUAUUUUAAAGAGGAAGAGGAGGAGGCUGAUAUCACCAAGUUUCCACUGACUGUCAUUAUCAAGAGUGAAGGCGAUGAUGAAGAGGAAAGUGGAGACCGCUGUGGAAGCUCACAAUCAGAUAGCCUCCUAGCUCCACUUUCAGAAAAUGACGACAUGACGUCACACUCUCCUGACACUGAUGAUGAUCGUCGUCGCUCCCAAAGUGAUCGGACGUGUCGUGCGGACAAGAUACACCUGAAAUGCAAACAGUGUGGAAAAACAUUUAGUUCAAAGUGGAAUUUAAAAGUUCACCUUAAAAGUCAUAAAGGAGAGAAACAAUUCACCUGUUCAGAUUGCGGUAAAAGAUUUGCCAAUAAGGGAAAUUUGAACGUACACACAAGAAUACACAACGGGGAAAAACCUUUUUCCUGCUCAGUCUGUGGUCUUCGAGUCACUCAAAAGAGCGGUUUAACAACUCACAUGAGAAUACACACUGGGGAGAAACCUUUUACUUGCUCAGUAUGCAGCAAAAGCUUCUCUAUCAAGGGUCAUUUAAGACGACACAACAGAACACAUACGGGAGAGAGGCCCUUUGCCUGCUUAGUUUGUGGUAAGAGAUUCUCUAUGAAGGGUCAUUUAACAACACACACAAGUAUACACACUGGUGAAAAACCCUUCACCUGCUCAAUCUGCACUUUCAGUUUCAGUGAACGUUCCAAAUUGGUCAAACACAUGAGAACGCACUCUGGAGAGAAACCUUUUCCCUGUUUAGUUUGUGGUAGAAAAUUCUCUGCAAAGGCAAGUUUAGUAAGACACACAAGAAUGCAUAAUGGAGAGAACUCCGUCGUCUGCUCAGUGUGCAACUUGACUUUUAGCGAUCGCUCCGGAUUGAUUGAACACAAGAGAACGCAUAGUAGAGAGAAGCACUUUAGCUGCUCGGUGUGUGGUAAAAGAUUCACUCAAAGGGUACACUUGACAUCACACACGAGAAUACACACUGGCGAGAAGCCGUUCAGUUGCGGCGUGUGUGAGAAAAGAUUCACUCGGAAGGACCAGGUGAAGAGACACAAGUGUGCUGGCCGGAAGAGCGCCACUAAAUGAAGCUUUACAAACUAUAAAAGUGCCACAUCUGGAAUAAAACAAUCAUCAUUUUUCCGCGA